AUGCUGUCACGGUCACUGCAUUUAUCCAAAGUCCUGAACUACCACUCGCUGAUCGCGCUAUGCACAAUAGGGGCAAUUUAUCAUUUUCUCUCUAUUCGGAGUCAGUUCACCGUCCGUGCCCCUUUCGCUCACACAGAUGCGCAGCAAAGCGAGAUUCCCAAGCUUAUUUGGUACAAAUUGGGCCCGAACGGCCUUUCUGAAGACGCGCGAAACUGGACCAACAGCUGCAUUCAGAACAAUCCCACCUACGAAGCACGGUUCAUAACGGACGAAAGCGGCGACGAAUACGUCCGGAAAGCCUUUGCGUUUCGCUCAGAUAUCGUCGACAGCUACCUCGCAUUACCUGUUCCUAUAUACAAAGCCGACUUUCUGCGCUACCUAUUACUCUGGGAUCAAGGCGGUAUCUGGUCAGAUCUGGACGUCUCCUGCAAAACACCUAUUGAUGAAUGGGUGCCGCCGGAAUACCAAAAAGAUGCCGCGGUGGUAGUGGGGUGGGAGUUUGAUCAUGGAUGGCCAGGCCAAUAUAUCCGGCAGUUUGCCAGCUGGACUAUGAUGGCGAAACCAAGAUCACCACACUUCAUGCAAGUCAUCGACGAUAUUCUCGAGAAAUUGCAAGAACAAAUGGCGAAGCAUCAUCUCCCCUCAAUCGCAAACGCCACAUUGGACAUCAUGGGAGAUGUGGUAGAUUUUACAGGUCCACGACGUUUAACACGUGGUAUAAUUCGAAGCUUGGAGAAGCAGCUCAACCAGUCGAUAGAUGCUAUAGGCGAUCUGAAGGAGCUCCUGCAGCCAAAACUUGUUGGAGACGUCCUGGUAAUGCCCGGUCGGUCGUUCGCAGCGUCCUCGAACACAUACACGCCAGAACAGGAGGCACUCCUACCCAAGCAACUAGUGGAACAUCAUUACGCUGGAAGCUGGAAAAACAGCAAGGGUGGUGAGCAGUAGAGGAAGAUACCAUGACCAUGUUUGAAAGAGCGUCGCGUACCGCAGCUAUGAACAUGGACGUGGAGUCAGCGCCGAUGUUCCCAAGGUACUCUGGAUAAUCAGCCAUGCGCUUGAACAACAAGCUCGAGCAGAGCAGGGCACCCAACAUGUGACCCGCCUGGAAGCUGCACUUCACGUCUUAUCAAGUGCAACGAUGGGCAGCUCCUCGCGUUCAUUUAAAUGAUUCGCCUACACCGAUAGUAGUGGGCUCAUAAUCACGAACGCGAGUACUACGAGAAGGAACUCAAAGCGCAGUCCUUACCGGCUAGGUUGCAGCUUGAGCGGCAUAUCAAAAUCACUCCUAGCAGCAUCGCUACAUAUCAGCCGUGUCUGAUAUUACCUUUUGAUAGUGUCUUAGAUACCGUACCUAUUCUGGUGACACUUUUGGCAUCGCCCUCGCCAG